ACGUGUCUCUCUCUCUCUGGCCUGCCAGCGGACCAUGUGGAGCAGCAAGAUGGCGGCGCGGUGGAGGGGGAAAGACGGGGAUUUAAAUGCCGGCAACAGCGACUUUCUGACCAGCAACAAUCCCAAUGAGUUGGUCCUGAGUAGAGUGGGAGGCGUGGAGAUGGACACCCAGUCCUGUAUCGAUCACUCAAUCCUGGCCAUCUUUGAGGACUCCAGUGUCUCAUCAGAGUAUAAGAGCGGAGCGGAGGAAGAGAGUGAGACUCUGCUAUCGGCUCUGACCGAGAUGCUGGACAGUGUGGAGGAUGACGACGAGACUCUGUCUCCCUUCGACACCCUGCCAGACACCAAGCUACUCACCCACCCAGAGCGCAGGGACACCUCAGUGGAACUAUUACUUGCUGAUAGACUUAGACCAAGAUCCAAAUCACCAAAUUUAACAUUCACAAUGAAGAUUGAUGGGGAAAAUGAAGAUAAGAGCAACAUGGGGAGAAACAGUCCUCAACAGCUGUUCAAACAACAAAGUCAAACAUUGUUUCACUCCACAAAUAAGAAAGUGGAUGCUGAAGUUGAGGUUUUCACCUCAACUUAUCUCGUCAACCUGGUGAAGCUCAUGCACCCUUACUGCCUGAAGCUGCAUGUGGAAGAGGAGGCAGAUGAACUGAGGGAGAAUCACACAUUAUUCUCUCAGGAAGAGGUGUGGAAGUAUGAGAGACCCAGUGAAGAGAGCAAUGAAGAGAUAAAUGUUGUGUCUGAUGAUGAUGAGGUAACGGUGAAAGACCCAAAGGAGGAAGCUGAAAAGAGCUAUAACAUCCUCUUGAAGAGUGUGCUGCUGAAUGGGAACCUUUCCAGAACUCCACCUCCCAGAGAGAAGAAAAGGGUGAGCUUUGGCACCGUUCAAGUGGCUUCAUUUGAAUUAACAGAAAAAGGAUCCUCUCGAUUGAUCGAGAGGAAUUUAACAACUGAGCAGACAAGUGAAACUGCAUCAGUUUCACUGAACAGCACCAAUGCACUUGAAAAUCCUGCUGGCUCAGCACUUGAACCCCAAACUCUGUCCUCAGAAAUGAGCAGCGACAAGGCGGCAACGCUAUCUCUUAAAGGUGAGACGAAGGUCAAAUCCCUCAGCCUCCAGCAGUACAGACAGCUGCGCCAAAAGAGGCUGCCUCUGGUGGAGAAACAGAGGAACUACACCACCAUGUGGCCUUGUGUUUCUGAGCCCCCCACAGAGCUGACCCCCAUCCUCUGUUUACAAGAACAAAGACAAAACAGCUGUGGACCAAAAGACACACACCAAUAUCCUGAUGGUAGAAGAAGUGGUGCUGAUCAGCUCCAUUUAUCUGAAACUCCAGGUCACAAGACCCACUGCAUCCCUGCUCCGCCCAUGCCUCACCCCCCAGAGCCCAAACCAUCCACCCAUCUACAGCGCAACAAAUUGAAGCACCCAAGGACCGAAUCCAAAAUCAUUUCAUCUGCCAGUCUGCAGCCAGACGUCACAGCUAACCCAAAUGUUACUGUGCAUGAAAGCAAAAAAAGUCCAGUAAAGAAACCAACACUGUUCAGUAGUGAUCCCCCAAAUCCUGUCCUCCUCCCUCGACCAGUUAGCCAAACAACAUCACCAACCACUGACCCCUCUUUAGCAAAGUCCAAAGUGGAGUUCCUCAACAGAGACUCCAACCUUGACAGCACCAGACACUUUCCAGAAAUCCCAAAUGAAUCCUCAGGCACAUCUCUUCAGAGACAGCCACCCUCCUCAGAACCAACACCUGAGGUGUUGUUAGUGAACCAGGGGUGCACCACCCUGUUCCAGGAAUUUAAGCAAAGGCUGACUGAGAUAGCUUCAGAUGUCUCCUCCGGACCUCCAGCACUGUGCCAAACCACAACACAAAUUGAAUCUGUCUUAGAGUGCAAGGAACUGCAGCCUCGAGGAUGCAGUUUGACCCCGACUAAAGAAGAAGCCAAGCUGGAAUCAAAGUCUGCUCUGUCACCAGGUCCAGAUACAGUGAGGCAAAUAAAGUGUCCUUCCAUCCCUGCUCCUGUAGACUCUCCCAAACCAGUAGAGGGGACAUUGUCAGAGGUUCACCUCAGUGGUUCUCCAUCUGAGGAACCGAAGUUUGUCUGUAGAGUGCAGAGUGCAACAGCUGACUCAGGGAUUGAAGCACCAGAUCUGACCAGCCUGCUAGAACAAUUUGAGGAAACACAAGCUAAAGAGGAGAACAAGCCAGAGUCCAAACUCGCUCCUUCACAGUCAAAUCUACGAACUACGUCUGUAUUAACGCAGAGAGCCUCUGUGGAAACACUUGAACCUUUGAGCACUUCAGAAUCACCUGGGAAUCCAGAAACCCUCGGGAGGUCGCCGCCUCUUCAAAUGUUGGAGGGUGCGGACAUCCCACAGCCCCUUGGUACUGACAUUAUCCUCAGCACUCGACAAGAUCUGCCAGCAAAACGCAGAAAUCCUCCAUCCAAAGCCAUCCAGAUAAUCGAGCCCCGUCCUCUACCCUCCAAGAAGACGCACACAAGCCUCCCGGCUGCUCAUAGUUCUCCUCACAUGUAUUCAUCUGUGUCCUCCGAUCACGAUUACUGCGGGUCUAUGGACCGCUCAGUUACCAGUGCUACUCAGCGCAGCAAAGCCUCUAAACCCAAGGAUGUGUCUCAAACCCCUGAUGAAUACCAGGUGACAACCCAUGACUCAAGUGCUGCUGCUGAAUGCAAAAAUCCGACCUCCACCAGUGAGCUCAGCACCACCAUCGGAGCAGUUAUGUACUCUGAGCAACCCAGGACCAGAUCAGCGACGAGCUCGGCCACAGACAUCGUUCCUUCAGACGGGGCUUCCACUGAGCCACACUGUGUUUGUGCAGCUGAAGACGAGACAGCGUCAUGCAUUCUCCCCACACCUCCACCCAGCCCUCUUGCCAGGGGUAGGGAGAAAAGGAGAUAUCGGAGAAGAUCUCCUCGUUCGGACUCUAGCUCCAGCUCCUCAUCCUUGUCGUCCUCCUCCUCAAGCUCUGCAUCUCCCUCUCCAAAAAGACAAAAGCACCGCCACAAGCGUUCAGAGAGCAGUUCGUGUUCGUCGUCAUCCUCCUCUCGCUCCCUUUCCAGCUCCCCAAGUCGGCACUACAGAUGGUCUUACUCAAGGUCGAGGUCGAGCAGGUCAAGAUCCAGGUCUUGGUCCACGUCCAGAUCCCGAUCACCAUCCCCGCGGGUUUGCCGUAGACAGUGGACAGAUGUUUACAGCAGCAGAGAGUCCAGGAAGCUCAGGAGGGAGCAUGAGAUCAGGAUUCAGAAACUUAAAGCCAUAGACGAGCGUAGGGUGGUGUAUGUCGGCCGCAUCCGCAGGUCUAUGACACACGACGAACUGAGGGAGCGCUUCUCUCAGUUCGGAGUUGUAGAGUGUGUGUCGCUUCACUUUAGAGAUAGAGGUGACCACUACGGCUUUGUCACAUUCUACAACACGGAUGAUGCUUUUGCGGCCAUCGAUAAUGGCGGGAAACUAAGGAAGCCGGAUGAGCUGCCGUUUGACAUCUGCUUUGGUGGAAGAAGACAGUUCUGUAAUUCACACUACGCUGACCUCGACGCAAACAGAGAUACAGAGCCGGCUCCUGCCAAGAGCAGGUCUGAGGACCUCGACUUUGAUUCGUUGCUGAAACAGGCCCAGAGAGGAUUAAAGCGGUAGCAGAGCUGUUUGGGAGCACAACAACCCCAUUUAAUGCAGCAAAGAUGAAAACGGGUUUUCUUCAUGAACCUCAGAGCGUCAUGCUCGUACUUAUGUAGCAAACUUUUGUAUGCAAGUUUUUUUUUUUUUUGUAACGUUUUGGCUAAUAUGCAUGCCGUUUCUGAUGUGUACAAUUGAUAUGUACAAAUAUGAUAUGUACAAAUGUGUACAGUUGAUAUGUACAAAUAUGAUGUGUACAGUUGAUAUGUACAAAUAUGUAGCACUGAAAGAUUUGUUUUUCAUUCCACAACACUUAUAAAGUUCUGAAUAUUUGUAUAUAUUAAAAUAAUAAACGCUCUUAAAUGUG